UGAGCAGUGACACACUGCAGUUGGAUGCAGUUCGCACACAUCUGGAAGCCACAUGUCAGCUGCGGCUGUAUAAAAGUCAGCCCCGACAGCUUAGGGUGACUUUUUUUUUUGCCAAAAGUCGGGCGGCAUGGACCUCACUCUUCUGUGGGUGCUUCUGCCUCUGGUAACCACAGCCUGGGGCCAGUACGGGGACUACGGGUACCCAUACCAGCAGUACCACGACUAUAGUGAUGAUGGCUGGGUGAAUCUGAACCGGCAAGGCUUCAGCUACCAGUGCCCCCACGGCCAAGUGGUGGUAGCUGUGAGGAGCAUCUUUAGCAAGAAGGAAGGCUCUGACCGACAAUGGAACUAUGCCUGCAUGCCCACACCCCAAAGCCUCGGGGAGCCCACGGAGUGCUGGUGGGAGGAGAUCAACAGAGCUGGCAUGGAAUGGUACCAGACUUGUUCCAACAAUGGACUGGUGGCCGGAUUCCAGAGCCGAUACUUUGAGUCAGUGCUGGAUCGGGAAUGGCAAUUUUACUGCUGUCGUUACAGCAAGAGAUGUCCCUAUUCCUGCUGGCUGACAACAGAAUACCCAGGCCACUAUGGGGAAGAAAUAGACAUGAUUUCCUAUAACUAUGACUACUACAUCCGAGGAGCAACAACCACUUUCUCUGCGGUGGAAAGGGAUCGCCAGUGGAAGUUCAUAAUGUGCCGGAUGACUGACUACGACUGUGAAUUCGCAAGUGUUUAGAUUUGCCGCCUACAGAGGCCCGGGUGAAGGGCGAGGGGCCGGGCGCCCUGAGGGGUUCCUGUUCCGCAGGCUAGUAUAGGUUAGAACAUCUGCAGUUCUUUCUUUCGCUCUCCUCCCUGAGAUGGGAGCUACGGUGUCAGCUGCCCGGGACUUUCUCACCACGAUUACACAUAUAAACAAACCCACAAUUCAGCCUGGUUUCUCACUUUCAACACUUUCCAUAACAACCCUCUCCAGUUGCUGCUGAUGGCUUCCUUGCAUACCGCAUAUACAGCGCCCAGAACACCUGCCAAGGCCUUGCUGCUGUUCUGAGUGUCAAAUUCAGUUUAGAGAGUUUGGAGGGAGGGAGAGAGAAGGGAGGAGUUGAGAUAAAGAUUCUCUACAGUUAAGUCCGUUUGAGUGACACCCAGAGACCUCACCUGGGGUGGAGAAGCACUCUCUGUCUUAAGGGAACUACCCACUCCCUCCUUCCGUGAGGGUCACAACAUACAUAGAAGUCCAAGUGAAGAUCCAUGUGCUCUGGGAGAGAGGGGACUUGGAGGUGAAAGGGGGAGGUGGGAGGGUUUGAGGACCGAGCCGAGACGUCAGGCUGAAAGAACGUCUUCCAUUCAAAGACAUAUGUCAACACACCCCAAAAUGGAAACGAAUAUGAGGGCCAGGAGAACCUGUGAGAGUCAGUCUCAAGAUAGAAACAGUGGAAGAUGAGAGAAUGGGAGUCCGAUUAGGAACGUGGGGAGACAAGAGUGGCCAGGAGAAAAGGGAUCUUGGGACAUGCCCAGUAUUCUUAGGAAGGCUGGCGUAUCCCCACGAACCACAGGAGAGCUGAUGGUGCCUAUCUGGACUGGUCCUAAAGGAUCCAUUCCCCUUUCCCAUGUAGCUUGGAAGUGAAUUCUGUGAGGAUGACACUGUCUUUCUCUCUCUGGUGACAUCUCUUUCCUUAGCCACUUGUACCUUCUUUCUCACAAUAAAAAUAAGCCAAUAAAAGUAUCAAUACUCAC